UAUAGAGAGUGGUUGGCGAUUGAAUUAUUUGUUGGUCUCUCGUCCCAUCCCACUCAGCCCUUCUUCCAAGUCUUCUACCCCUUCCUCCCAUUCCCACAAACAUCACAACCACCACCCCAUCAGCAGUAAUCUGAGAUUUAAUUUCCCACCUAGCAGAAGGAGAGAUUCAAGUUUAAACGAAGAAGAAAUUAAACAAGAACAUGGCUAGGCAGAAGGUGAUCUUGUCGUGGAAGUCCCUGAUCCCAAGCUGUUACAAGGGCAGAAGCCAGUCUGAGCGAAAGAGAAGGGUAACCAAACAAGUCUCCUUCCAAAGGCUAUCUAUGUCGGACUACCUCAGCAACCCAGGAUCUCCACUUUCCUUCGAAGAUCUCUCCAACUGUCCCAUCACCAAUAGUCUUCAAAUCUUCACGCUUGCAGAGCUAAGGACCAUCACACAGAACUUCUCAAAGAGCAAUUUCCUUGGUGAAGGAGGGUUCGGCCCUGUUCACAAAGGGUUCAUCGAUGAAAGUAUCAAAUCUGGGCUUAGACCCCAGAAAGUGGCUGUUAAGCACUUGGACUUGGAUGGUUUACAAGGCCAUAAAGAGUGGCUGACGGAAGUUAUAUUUUUAGGACAAUUGAAGCACCCAAAUCUUGUAAAGCUAAUUGGGUACUGCUGCGAAGAGGAACACAGGCUCCUGGUAUAUGAAUAUAUGAUCCGAGGAAGCUUAGAAAACCAACUCUUCAAAAAUCGAUAUACUGAGUGCUUGCCAUGGGCAACGAGAAUGAAAAUUGCACUAGGGGCUGCAGAGGGACUUGUCUUUCUCCAUGAAGCAGAGCCUCCUGUAAUAUACCGUGAUUUUAAAGCAUCAAAUAUCUUGCUGGACUCUGAUUACACGGCCAAGCUCUCUGAUUUUGGGCUAGCUAAGGACGGUCCAGAAGGAGAUAACACACAUGUUUCUACUCGGGUUUUGGGCACACAUGGCUACGCUGCUCCUGAAUAUAUUAUGACUGGUCAUUUGACGGCAAUGAGCGACGUUUACAGCUUUGGAGUUGUACUGCUGGAGCUACUAACAGGGAGACGAUCUGUGGAUAAGAGACGUCCCGUGAGAGAAAAGAACCUUGUGGAAUGGGCCAAGCCUUACCUGAACGAUGCCCGAAAGCUGAACCGGCUGAUGGACCCUAGGCUAGAUGGGCAAUACUCUUUGAAGGGGGCUCAGAAGGCAGCCCAAUUAGCUUAUCAAUGCUUGAGGGACAACCCAAAGUACAGACCAUCGAUGAGCACAGUGGUCAAGACUCUGGAGCUAAUACAAAACUUUGAUGACAUUCCGGUUGGACCAUUUGUUUUCACAGUGGUCCAAUCUCCGACCAAAGACAAGCCGGAUACUGAACCAGAAAAGGAUGAGAAAGGCAAGAAUAAUAAUAAAGAGAUAGUAGAGGAAACUGAAGCACCAAAAGAAGAUGAAGAUGAAGCAAAAGAAGCAACAAAGGAAGAUGAAUUAGAUGAGGAAGAUGAUGAAGAUGAGAAAGAGGAGAAGAGGCAGCAGCAGCAGCAACGCUGGCGAAGCAAGCGUGGCCAUCGACAUCGCUCCACCAUAUCUGCGGUUCAUUCUGAAACUUCACUUCACAAGUAUUUUAACAGUGGGGGCUUGAACUCACCAAGGCUUAGCAACCGAGGAAGCAAAGAGGAAUUGGUUCACCGGUACUCCAUAUCUCCAGUCAAUUCCGAUACCUCACUCCACAAGUAUUUCAGCCAUAAUGACUUGAAAUCACCUAAGAGUAGCAACCGAGAAGACAAGGAGGGAGUAGUUUUUCAGUAGGAUUAAUUAAAGCUUCAUUCCACCAAAACAAAAAAAAUUAAAGCUUUACAAUGUGCAUGGUAGUGCAUAUAGAAUUUUAUUUUCUUCAAAGUCUUGUACAAAUGAACUUCAAGAUUUCAUUCCCUCUUUUAUUCCACAAGGAAUUUAAGUA